UCAUUUUACCAUCUCCCAAUGACCGCAUCCUCGCAAGCGCAUCAAUCAACAAGACAGCGCAACCAUGGAACCUCGAAACCAAUCAACGCAUCGGACCACCACUCCACCAUGAAGACAACGUGAUCAACGCGACUUUUUCUGCAGAUGGAAACUGGCCUUCUGUUGGAUAUUGCUGAUGCUCCAGCUCCGAAGACGAAAGGUGCCCCCAGAAUACCUGCAGGGUUCUUUGACGAUACACUGCGAGAGACUAAUUUACACACUCGUCUAUCCCAAUCCCAUGAGCCACAUAACCACCUCCCUCCAGCACCACGUCAACGCACCCUCAGUCCUUUUCCCUCAUUCUGGCGCCGCUCCAAGCCACAUGGUGCGACUGAGCGCGACGCCCAAUUCCCAUCCCGGACUCGAAACAUAGUCUCUAAUAUGAUGCGCAGGCGAGAUAGAUCAGACAUAGAGAUGCGCGAACCACCUGUAGUCGAGGUCCCAUACACAGCGGGCAAGCCUAGACAUUAUCACGCAAGAAAGAAGAAGUCAGCUACUAGCUCAUCUCGACCUCAUACCACGCAGCAAUCCAGGGCACACCAUCAUCGCAACCACCACCGCCUGCUGCUGCUUCAAUACCUUCCGCCGCCAUCGGUACCGCGCCGACAACUGGAACAACCUCGCGUCCUCAUGUCACCGUUGCUGGAUGGCGCGCUCGCCUUGUGGGCUGGCUUUGCUGCGUGCCUAUCCAGAACACACACGGUCAACCAUAGAGAUGCAGUCGCAACACCAUACUGGCUACUGGAACAAUGACGCGACAUAAUACCACUGCAAUACAGGCCGAAUGCUAGACUCCUCGGGUGCUCUGGAUCGCUGUGUAUCUGUUGAACGGA